CCCCCCCCAUUGUUUGAAAACACAGAAACUCCCAAGAACAAACUUCUCCAGCCGAGCCCUGGUGCUGACACACGGGGGGGCUGGAUCCGUCUGGAGAAGUGCGGGAGGGAGGGAGAAGCAGAGAGAAGACCCUGGAGGGAUGUUGCAGCCAGAGCCCCCUCCCUCCUGCUGGGGGGGGUCAGGGCUCAGCUGGGGUGGCUGUGGCCUGGGGACCCCUUCAUCCAUCCCGGUGUGGCCCUAGGUGUCUUGGGGGGCCCGGAGCCUGGGUAGGCGAUGGGGAAAACGGCGGGGAUAGCAGUCAUCCAUAUGUCCAUCUUGCUCCCUCUCCAAGGUCAUCUCCAGCAGAGGGGUGGGGUACCUGCUCUCCUCUAUUGCCCCUCACGGGGCCCCUUUUGCCUCCUGCAGGGCCCACAGUUGCCCCCUGGAGCCCUCCUCCUGCCCCUCAUGAGGCCGACCUCUGCCCCCUCAGGGACCCUGCUUUGCCAUCCGUGGGACCGUCAUGACUGUCCUCAUGAGCUCUCCUUGCCCCGACAGCCGGUCUUGCCCUGCCUCUGUGGGGCUGCUGCUGCCAGAGAGGCCGACACGGGCCCCCUUUCUGCCCCCCCAGGGCUGUGUUUGCCCCUAACGAGACAUCUGGGGCUGCCAAGGAGCCGGUGGAUGCCGAGGGAAUCACGCUUUGCCCCUGCAGGGCCAGCUGCCUGUCUCCCCACCAGCCAACUUCUCCAGCCCAGGCCUCUGGCUUCCAGCCUCCGAAGCUGCCCUGGGCUUCAUCCCGUCUCUUUCCGCCUCCAGUGUACAGCCAUCUCUCCCUGAUGCUGUCCGUGCACUCGCGGUUUGGGCUCCUCUUUCUCUCCCUGUCUCCUUGUUCCUGGAGAGGGGGCUGAGGGCCAAACCUGACACCAAGCAGAGAUGCAUGCAGCCCUCCUCUGUGUUGGAACCGGUCCCCCUCCAUGGCUCUCCCAUCUGGAUUGCCGGCCCUCUCAUACAACCGACGGUCAUCCCCAGGGGGUCUGAAUGACUGGGUCUUAGGGGAGCUGAGCCACUCUCCUGGCUCCUCGCAGGGCUUCGUUACACUCCACCAGUCCCUUCUGCCCCACGCUAACGAGGCAGCUUGGUCCAGCGAGGCUGACGAUUGUCACAGGGCCUCUGCUUGCCCCACGAGACCUGCAUGCCCUGUGCAUGGGGACCGUUUUGACCAAUAACUCAAAGCAAAGCAAAUGGGUCACAGUUUAGAGCGGCCUCUUACAGCCCAUGUCAGAAAGGAAGUUAAAAGAAGAUUUGCUUUACCUACGCGACACAAUGGGAUCCAGACAGCAGCUCGACAGAAAGGAACCGCUAUAAAAAGUGACUAGUGAAUAUUUCUGACAUAACCGUAUAUGGGAAACGCGGAAGACAAGUGUAAGCAUACAUAAAACGAGGAAAAGAAACUGAAAGUUGUAGAGAACAUUACACAGGAAAAGGAAUAAAACUACCCAAAGCCCAGCGCGGUGAUGGACGCCGGGCCAGCUGAACGCCCCAUUCCCAUCAGGAGGCUUGGGGAAAUACAAGCGGGAAACCCUGAUCCUGUGCAAGCAGGAGCCGCCAGCCUGCGCGAUGCCUCGUCUUGGUGCUCGGCCAAAGCGUGGGGACAUGAUUGAGAUCCUCCGUGGCCCAUACAGUCACUGGGGCAUCUAUGUUGGCAAAGGUUACAUCAUCCACCUGACAUCGCCCGACGGGACAGGAGCAUCCUGCUGUGCCAGCUCUACAUCAGCCAUGGCCUGCUUGGGUGAGGUGAAGAAGGAGCUCUUGAAAGGUGUCGCCAAGCGGGACAACUACCGGGUAAACAAUGGGACAGGGACCCCCCGUCCCGUGGAGCGCAUCCUGAGGGAUGCGGAGAAGCAGGUGGGGAAGCAAACAUUGUACAACCUCAUCUUGAAGAACUGUGAGCACUUCGCCAGCCAACUGCGCUAUGGCCAGGCCCGGUGUGAACAAGUCAGAUACUGGUUGCGCUGUUUGCUGGUUGUGCCGUUGCUGCAUUGCGACUGAUCGUGACAAGGAAGGUCUAGAUCCUCUGCCUGUUGUUUGACAGACACCCCUCCCCUGCCCACAGCUAAACCCCCCCACCCCCACCCCUACGCCUGGGACCCAUCCCCCAGCACAGGCGGCACCCAGGAGAGUGCACUGGGGUACAAAUGGCCCCCGGGAGCUUUGACACCCAUCAGCCAGAGCUCUCACGGCACCCCCACCCCGGCCAUGUGUGCCCAGCCUGCUCCGACACGCUG